AUGAAAUGGUAUAUACAAGGGUUGGUGUUUGGAUACCUCAGUGCCCCCCAAAGAACUGGGAGGCUAGGUCGUGGUCUGGAGAUGGGAGACGGCCAUCAGGAGCACUCCACUCAACUGGGUUCGGCUCACUCGAUCGAGCUUGUGGCUCCUCUUCCUCUCUUCUUCAUCUUCAAAGUGUGUGUGGCUUCCUUGGCCUUGGUGGAGUUGUGCUCGCUCGAAGCGGUUGUAGGGAGUCCAGAGGUCAACUCGACCCUCAGCUCGAUCGAGUUGAGUUUCCUCUGUUUGGACUCGAUCGAGUCCGGUGGUCGAGCUGGAGCGUCUGGCCUUGGAACUCUUCCUCCUUCUCUGCGUGUUGUCUCUCCUUCCCUUGGCUCGAAAGAGAGGCUCUGUGAGGCUCUUGGGCAGGGAGCCUCUUUGGAGUGGUGA